AUGGACUUCACGACUAUUCUUAAUCGCAAGAAUUCUGCCGCCGCAGCCGCCGCCGCCGCAGAAGCUCAGCUACAUCAUCAAUACAUGCAAACCGCCCACUUGGGCCAACAGACCAUGAAGGCGGAACCAGGCGCUUCCGACAACUCCGUCAAUGCAUACCCUCCUCAUCCUCCUCCGGGGGUCUCGAUGGAUCAGGGAUUAGCCGAGACAUUCUACUAUGGCCAGCCUACCGGGCCACCUCCGCGGAAUAUGGGAUAUGUGCCGGGAGGGUAUGCUGGGGAUUCGCAAAUGACGCAGCAGCAACAGUCACAGCCGCAGCAACAGCAGCAACAACAACAGAUGCAGACUGGACGGCCUGUCGGCGAAGCGCCCCCGAAGACAUUUCACUGCGGGACUUGUCAUAAGGGGUUUGCUCGACGCAGUGACCUCGCGAGACACGAGCGCAUUCACACUGGGAUUCGACCGCACGCCUGUGAAUGGCCUGGCUGCGGAAAGCAGUUCAUUCAGCGGUCGGCUCUCACUGUUCACUCGCGAGUCCACACGGGCGAGAAGCCUCAUAUGUGUGAGCGAUGCGGCAAGCCCUUUAGCGAUUCCUCUUCCCUUGCCCGUCAUCGUCGCAUUCAUUCCGGAAAACGACCCUACAAGUGCCCCUACGCCAACUGUCAGAAGACCUUUACGCGCCGGACCACACUGACCCGCCAUCAAAAUCAUCACACUGGAACGAUUGAGGAAGCGGCCGCCGAGACCGAAGCCAACUUGCGCCAGAACAAGGAGCGAGGCCGUGGCCCUGAAGGAAUGUUUCCCGAUCAUGCUUCGAUCCAUUCGACACCGUCCCCUUCGCACCACGCGUCUCUGUCGCCCGGAGAGUUGCCCCCUCUGACCAUGCAUCGCUCCGCCGACUACUAUAUGAGCACGGGGUCCCUUCCGCCUCAUAUUCGCAAUGAUUUCGGCCAAGGUAGUCCUCGUGCUUCCCCCACCGCCAGUUCACCAUCACUCUCGAGUUAUGGUAGCGCACCUCAUCCGCGGCCUUCGAUGACCUCCAAUCCAUACGGCCCACCGCAGCCUCUGGAACCUCCGGCGAACAAUGAUCACCGCCCAAACAGCGUCACUGGUAGUCCCCAUAUGACGAGCAUGGGGUGGGCUUCUCCGUCGCAUGGCACCAUGCCUUCCCCAGGAUCCGUCAACGAAUUUGCCUAUCCCGAACCGAGUCAUUCAUCAUAUCCCACAUCCAUGCCUCCUCAUAUGUACUUUCCCAACUCUACCAUCCGUCGUCCCAACAGCACUGAGCCGGACAACUACGAGACCAAGUCUCGAAUGGGUGAACAUACCUGGUCGACCGCAGUAUGA